AGAAGGAGCAGUCACAGCACAGCUCCUGACUUCCACUGGCUCUGCUGCUGCUGCAGGAACCUGCUUACACUUUUAGCCAGAGGGCAAUGCCAGGAAGCUGGUGAAGUCUUUCUUUUCCUCCUCCACCAUGGUUGACGGUGUUAAGUAUGAAGCGGCCUCCCAGCACGUGGGGGAUGCCUCCUCUUUGGCAGAGGAGGACCACUCUGGGCCCGAACAGGUGAAGCUGAAGAAGGAGAUCUCACUGCUGAACGGCGUGUGCCUGAUCGUGGGGAACAUGAUUGGCUCGGGCAUCUUUGUAUCCCCCAAGGGUGUUCUCAAGUACAGUGCCUCCUUUGGCCUCUCCCUGGUCAUCUGGGCCGUUGGGGGCCUCUUCUCCGUCUUUGGGGCCCUUUGUUAUGCGGAACUGGGCACUACCAUUAAGAAGUCUGGGGCCAGCUAUGCCUACAUCCUCGAGGCCUUCGGGGGACUGCUUGCCUUCAUCCGACUCUGGACCUCUCUCCUCAUCAUUGAGCCUACCAGCCAGGCCAUCAUCGCGAUCACCUUUGCCAACUACAUGGUGCAGCCCAUCUUCCCGAGCUGCUUUGCCCCCUAUGCUGCUGGCCGCCUGCUGGCUGCUGCCUGCAUCUGUCUCUUAACCUUCAUUAACUGUGCCUAUGUCAAGUGGGGAACAAUGGUACAAGAUAUUUUCACCUAUGCUAAAGUAUUGGCUCUGAUCGCCGUCAUCAUCGCAGGCAUUGUUAGACUUGGCCAGGGAGACACGACUCACUUUGAGAAUUCCUUUGAGGGUUCAUCAUAUGCAAUGGGUGACAUUGCCCUGGCACUGUACUCAGCUCUGUUCUCCUACUCGGGCUGGGACACUCUCAACUAUGUCACUGAAGAGAUCAAGAAUCCUGAGAGGAAUCUGCCCCUCUCCAUUGCCAUUUCCAUGCCCAUUGUUACCAUCAUCUACAUCUUGACCAAUGUGGCCUAUUACACCGUGCUAGACAUGAGGGACAUCCUGGCCAGUGAUGCUGUUGCUGUGACUUUUGCAGAUCAGAUUUUUGGAAUAUUCAACUGGACAAUUCCACUGGCAGUUGCAUUAUCCUGCUUUGGUGGCCUCAAUGCCUCCAUUGUGGCUGCUUCUAGGCUUUUCUUUGUGGGCUCACGAGAAGGUCAUCUCCCUGAUGCCAUCAGCAUGGUUCAUGUUGAGCGGUUCACCCCAGUGCCUGCUUUGCUCUUCAAUGGUAUCAUGGCAUUGAUCUACUUGUGUGUAGAGGACAUAUUCCAGCUCAUUAACUACUACAGCUUCAGCUACUGGUUCUUUGUUGGGCUCUCCAUUGUGGGUCAGCUUUAUCUGCGUUGGAGGGAGCCUGAUCGACCUCGUUCCCUCAAGCUCAGCCUUUUCUUCCCCAUUGUCUUCUGCUGCUGCACUGUCUUCCUGGUGGCUGUUCCACUUUACAGUGAUACCAUCAACUCCCUCAUUGGCAUUGGCAUUGCUCUCUCAGGCUUGCCCUUUUACUUCUUCAUCAUCAGAGUGCCAGAACACAAACGACCUCAUUGCCUCCGAAGGAUUGUGGCAUCUGCCACAUGGUACUUCCAGGUCCUAUGUAUGUCAGUUGCUGCAGAGAUGGAUUUGGAAGAUGAAGGAGAGAUGCCCAAGCAACAAAAUCCCAAGUCUAACUAAAUAUCAUCCAGAAUCCUGAGUUGUGAGAAGCUGGGGCGUCUGUUUUCUACCGGCUGAAGCCAAGGACGUUGAAAAGGAAAGCUUGCUUCUCCGGAGGCCCCUGGUCUAGGGAGCUUCAACAACUUUUGAACUUGCUUUUUGGGAGAUGGACAGUAAUUUAUUUGUUUUGCUACAAUACGUUCCAGAUUUUUAAAAAGGGAUGAUAAAGCG